GCCCGAUCCACAGCCAUGGAAGCCAUCAAGAAGAAGAUGCAGAUGCUUAAGCUGGACAAGGAGAACGCCAUCGACCGGGCUGAGCAGGCAGAGGCCGACCAGAAGGCAGCAGAAGACAAGUACAAACAGGUUGAGGAGGAGCUGAUGGGCCAGCAGAAGAAAAUGAAAAGCACGGAGGAUGAACUAGACAAACUGUCCGAGGGACUCAGAAGCGCCCAGGAGAAGCUGGACAUGUCCGAGAAGACAGCUUCCGAUGCUGAAGGUGAUGUUGCUGCCCUCAACCGACGGAUCCAGCUGGUGGAGGAGGAGCUGGACCGGGCCCAGGAGCGCCUGGCCACUGCCCUGCAGAAACUGGAGGAGGCCGAGAAAGCAGCGGACGAGAGUGAGAGGGGCAUGAAAGUGAUUGAGAACCGUGCAAUGAAGGAUGAGGAAAGGAUGGAACUUCAGGAGCUUCAGCUGAAGGAAGCAAAGCACAUCGCUGAAGAAGCAGACCGCAAGUACGAGGAGGUGGCACGUAAACUGGUCAUCUUGGAGGGAGAGCUGGAGCGUGCUGAGGAGCGUGCUGAAGUCGCGGAGAUGAAGUGUGGUGAUCUGGAAGAAGAGCUGAAAAAUGUCACUAACAAUCUCAAAUCACUGGAGGCUCAGUCAGACAAGUACUCGGAGAAGGAGGACAAGUACGAGGAUGAGAUCAAGGUUCUGUCUGACAAGCUCAAGGAGGCAGAAACUCGUGCUGAAUUUGCUGAAAGAACUGUUGCAAAACUGGAAAAGACCAUUGAUGACCUGGAAGAACAAGUUACUCGUGCAAAAGAAGAGAACAUGGGUAUGCACCAGGUCCUCGAUCAAACUCUACAGGAACUGCAUAACUUGUAAGGAGGCGAGAAGAUUACAACUAAAAGUAACCAUUAUCAUCCAUGACUCUACAUUCCAUAUCGUCCUCUCCCUCAUCAAUUGUCGACUUAGAUCGAUUAUUAUCAAAUGUGGACCAAAGUUUUUAUUUUGUAUUUUGUAGAAUUUUUAUUACGCUAUUCGAUUCUUUCCUUCCCCUUCCCCACACAUGUACACACAGUCUCUCUCCUAUUGUUAGAUUAAGCACAUAAGUAAACUUUCUCUUCUGGACAUGAAGCAAGGAAGUGCAGGUUUGGGGCAUGACCUACCAUGUAUUUUGUGGAACUCCAGGUAGAGCCUGCAGCCUGAAAUCUCGUCAGCCUGUUGUUGUCCAUGUUUAUUGUGCUGCCAACUAUUGUACUCGCAAGCUUUGUUCUACAUUUCAGUGGGUGAGGUUACUCAUUAGAUCCUGGAAGGUAACUGGCAGUGCAAGCUAGUACCCAGCUGAUCACUUCAUCUGAUUUUUGAGUGUCUUCGACUUUUGCAACAAGAUGUCCCAAUGCCUCUUUGUGGGCCAAGGUUGCCUGGGUCCCUUCCCAAAGCCACUUGGGGAGAGCCUCAAGUCUCAAGUUUGCUGAUUGAUUUGUUGUGCAACUUUGUAAAAUGUAGCCAUUCCAUGUGUACUGAGGUUGGGAGAGCCAAAUGUAGGAACACGAGAAGCUUGCUUAUGUUGAGACACGGGAUCUUGAACAGAAUCCAUCUCCUAUUCUUGCAUGGGGUAAUCCAAAACACUAGGGAGAAGAUUUGAGAAAUGCCUUGGCUAAUGCUGGUUUCACUUUAGUCUUGCAUUGCAGCCCCAUUCCACUGUCACCUCAACGAUUCAAGUGAGCAGUUUUACAGCUCAUAUAUUGGAAUGUGCCUUUAUACUUUUGCUCAGUGGGUGAAAGCUUAUUUGCAUUAGAAAAAAAGAAUGGACAGUUUAGUUGAUAUGGACGCUGCAGGGUGUUAAAUAGAUCUUUCAGCAAUCCUUAACCAGCCCUCAGUAGCAUAAAAACACUUAACUCUUCCAAGGGCUGGUGAUAUCCCAAUACCAUAACAUGAGCUAGGUUAGUUUCUUUACAACAUAAUCAAAAGUGACUUUCCCCAUUUAAGAAGGUGCAGAGGUGCCUCCCCUCAGCAUUAUCUGUGACUAACAUUGAUUUUUUUUUUAAACUUUUAUACAAAUCACACACUUGCUGGACCUUGAACACCGAAACAAGACACUAUUUGUAUUAAAGGUGAUGUGUUACUGGAUUAAAAGGGAAUGCACAUCCCAAACAGUUGUCUUGGGGAAUGAUGAUGUGAUCUGCAUUUACACUGGUGAUGUUGAUCAAUAAGCAAAUAAAAUGACUCACUGCUGAAGAAA